AUGAAGAAGCCCAUCCUCACCAAGGAGUUUAAGGACAUGAUCCCUGUUGCCUUGCGCCAGCACUACUUGGGCUUGUUCACCCAGGAGUGCCUCAAGUUCUCCUCUUCGCAUCUGGAGGCCAUUGAGAAGGCCCAGUCAGAGGAGAAAGUGAUCUACGACCAAAGUCCCAGCAAGAACAAGUACCUGAAUGACGCCCUGCACACCCUGAAGAAGCUCAGGGGCCUGGUUCCCAGCGCCAUUCCUGGUUUCAGCAAGGCCACUUUGUACAGCUGCCUGAAGGGCUAUCUGCUCACGGAGGAGCAGCGCAAGGCGCAUGGCUUCCCGUUCGCGCAUCCGGGGAGGCCAGGGUCGGCAGUGCUCUUCACAGGAGAGCAGCCGCUGAGCCCGACACACAGGGCCUGCUGCCGCUGUGGCACCAAGUACCUCGUGUCUUUCUCCGGCCGCUGCCUCUGCUCUGAGCCCUGCGUGUACCACUGGGGGCGUGUCGUCUCCAUCCCCGUGGAGGAAGGCUGGCAGGUGCGCUACUCCUGCUGCUCCGCGCCCAUGGAAGCCACAGGCUGCAAGGUGGCCAAGCAACACGUGCAGGACGGUAGGAAGGACAACUUGCAUGGCUUUGCCAAGACCUUCCCGAAGACGGACUGGGAAGCGCAUGCGGGAAUCUUCGCGCUGGACUGUGAGAUGUCCUAUACCACACACGGCCUGGAGCUCACCCGCGUCACAGUGGUGGACACUGACUUAAACGUGGUUUACGACACCUUCGUCAAGCCUGAUCAUGAGAUUGUGGACUACAACACCAUGUUUUCCGGAGUGACCGAGGCAGACCUGGUGGGCACCAAAGUUAGGCUGUGUGAUGUCCAGGCCGUGCUUCUUAGCAUGUUCAGCACUGAAACCAUCCUCAUUGGACACAGCCUUGAGAGUGACCUGCUGGCUUUGAAGUUCAUCCAUGACACUGUGGUGGACACAUCCGUGCUCUUCCCUCACCAGCGGGGCCUCCCCUACAAGCGCUCCUUGAGGAGCCUCAUCUCUCAGUACCUCAGCCGGAUGAUCCAGACACAAAGCGGUGGCCACAGCUCCAUCGAGGAUGCCAGAGCCUGCAUGCAGCUGGUGAUCUGGAAGAUGCAAGAAGACGCCAAGACCUCUAGCCCCUCUCUGCCGCAGGCCGCUUGCCAAAAGAGCAACUCUCUGCCGAAGCAGCCGGUUUGCCCUAGCCGAUACACCCAGAUGCCCAAAAUGCUGGAGAUGCCUGAGAUGCCCGAGAUGGAAGACAUCGUGUACCCGGAGGGAAGUGAUUCAGAUCAACCUUCCCAGCUAGAGACUUGA